ACUGUGUUCAGUUCGUUUCCUGCUAAACAUGUUCGCCAAGAUUGUUGCCGUCGCCGUCUUCGUGGCUGCUGCCCACGCUGGACACUUGUACUCCGCACCCUUGCUCGCUGCUCCCAUCAAAUACGCUCCUAUCGCGUCUUCGUACCAAUACGAGACUCGGAUUCAUUCGGCUCCGAUCAUCACUAAGUACGCUGCUCCCUUGGCCUAUGCAGCUCCCAUUCACAAGUUCGCCGCUCCUCUGGCCUAUGCCGCUCCUGCUCUCUCCGUGACCCACCACGGAUACGCACACGCGCCCCUGUUCGCCCCGAAGUUCGCCGCCCCCGUGCAUUAUGGCGCUCCGAUCUGGUGAUUUCCCGAUCCGACCUCCGUGUCGUGAAGCAUCAUGUCCGCCAUCUGUAAAAAAAAUCGAGUUUUCAGAGAGCAUCAAUAAAGCCCGUAAAAAAAAUUGAAGU